AUGCGUUUGCCUUCCUCUCGUGUACACACGGUAUCAAACAUCAUGCAGCGUCGAAAAGGUGUAUUUAGGCAAUCUGAAAUGAUGAUUCCGCAACACUUGUUAUUAUCAUUGGGAAUGGACGUGGUCCCAAGUGAAAGUUUCGCAGACUCCCUGCGUUCCGUGUUGCAGGAAGAUCUACCACCUUUUCUAGCAUUAAAGGUUUUGGGUCUUUGCUGGACCUCGUGGAAGAUUAAUAUUCUUACAACAGGGAAGAUACAUCUACAACAAGGAGAAACGACGGAUGAUACUGUAGCCUUUGAGGCGUUACUGACAGCAUCAGAGGAAGCAUUGCGUUUAGACGGUCAGAGAAAAUCGCAUGAUAAUAACGAACGAAGUACUCGUAAACGUAAUUCGAGACGACGUGAUACCGUUUCAGUGGCAGUAGUGAGUUACUUUGGUUAUCAUUAUAUCGUUGAACAUAUGCUAAGGAGUUGUGGAGAUCGAUUGAAUUUAAAAACAGUGGUAUCUUUAUUGAAAUAUGCUGUUACAGUUGAGGAAACAGAAGGUGCUGUUUUAGAAAAACUGGUGGAAUUAUUAACAUCUUUUGCUAAACAUGAUGUUAUUAUUUAUGAAAAUAGUCUUCGAAAUGUUCUUAGUGUAUCUCUUCCAAUUCAUGUAGCUCCUGUUGUACUUUCAGUGUUAAAGCGACAAUACGUUAAUACAGAAAUUAUUAAAUUAUGUUUACAUUAUGUCGCUGUAGUGGUUAGAGGUAAACGUAUAGGUACACUUUCUGUUGAAACAGUUAUGGGUAAAUAUCAUGAAUGUGCGGUAGAAGCCUUUCGAUGGUUACUUAAAAAACCAAACUCUCAUCAUGGAGAAUUACAUAUUCAAGUGAUGUCAUGUUUAAAACAUGCACCAGUUUUUUUACUUUGUGAAGUGUAUUCUAUAAUGGAGCAAAAUAAAUUUGUGACACCUUCUGUUCAAUGUAAAUUUCUUGCCAAUUGUGGAAUUGCUAUUGCGGCUAGUAAUAGUCUCUCUUAUGCGUAUGCUGAAGUAAUAAUUCGAGCAUUUAAAAAUCUUGCUAAAUCUGGUAGAGAAACCAUGCAUAUUGAAGAAGGACUUGUUCAUGGUAGUGCUGUUCUUAUUGCUCUUCAUCGUGAGGAACUUGUACGUAAUAUUUAUAAUAUAUUUCCUACAUUACGAGAAACUUCACAUUCUGUAAUGGCUUAUGUGCGUAAUAAGGAUGUUAUUCGUUCUAAUGAAGCUCUAUUACGACUUGCACAAUCACGUGAAGAAGGAUGGAUUAACAUACCUUUACCAGUUAUGCAAACUAUUUAUGAUGUUUGUAUGUUGGUAGGACGUUGUGGUAAUCACCAUAAUAUACUUCCACUUUAUCGUGCUCUUGUUUCUUUUCAUAAUCCUGGUAUGAUUGUAAGUCAAUGUAUUGAAUACAUUUUAGCUGGUAUAUGUAAUAGAAUCUCACAUCUUGGUAAAGUAUUUCCUAAAGAAACACCUCCUCGUACAGUAUUAGAGUAUAUUAUUCCAUUAUUACGUACUACCUUAAUGUACUUGGGUGAUGAUUUUAAUACGGAUAUGAUUCUUGAAAUUUUAGAAACAUCUGUAAUGGUAAGAUGUUUUGCUGUACCUCUUACGGCAUCCAUUAUUUGGACUUUUCAAAAAUCAUCAAGUUUAGCAUUAAAAGAGUUAUUUUCUCGCGUCAAUGCAUCGACAAAUAAUAUUCCUUUUUUAAAUUAUUAUACUCUAUGUUAUGCUCGAGAUCAAGGUGAAUAUGAAACGGUAGAACAUUUGGCAACUGUUUGGCAUUGUGAUUCAACAGUUAUAUUAAAACGACAAUCAACAUUAUCUCCAUCCUAUAAACUUUGGAAAUGUGCUGGAUGUGGUAGAUUAAAUAGUGAUCGAUUUAAUUAUUGUGUUUGUGCUGUCCUUCGUAAUGGAUUUAUCUUUUGUGCUAAUUGUGGUUAUGCACAGGAUGAACGAUGGGGAUGUUGUCAGUCUUGUGGAGAGAAAAUAAUAAUAAAAGAUGGAUCUAUUACGACAGCUAUUGUACGGAGAUCAUGGACAUGUGAGGAGUGUGGAGCUAAUAAUCCAGCCCGCCAAAUAUCUACUUGUUUUCGCUGUAAAGCAUUUUGUGGUCCAGUGGCAAAAGUAGCGAAGGAAUUAAAAAAAACAAAAGAAUUAAAAGAAUUAAAAAGUUGUCAUUGCUCUACGAACACAUUGGAAUCUAGUGAAAAAGAAAAUAAGAAAGGAAUUAUGCAUUACUGUCGAAAGUGUGGAUGGUUUCGAGAAUCAUGGGCCGCAUCUAACUCUCUGGUUUGGCGCUGUGAGGGUUGUGGUGAGUUAAGAAGUUCAUUAGAUCGUAUUUGUCCCAAUUGUCCACAGGUGGAUUGUCUUCCUUUUGCUAUUGUACGCAAUAUUAAUGAUUUACCGUAUUGUUUUAAAUGCAAAAUACAGUUAGAAAACCCUUUUGCUGAGAAUUGUCAACAUUGUGAUGGGAUUAUAUCAGAGGGAAAAGUGGAAAUGGGGAUAAUCCAUAGUAAUGAUACCAAUGUGAUUCUACGCUGUUCCCAAUGUGGGAUUGUCACUCGUGGGUCUACAUCCGAUCACUGUGAAGGAUGUGGACAAAGUAAACAAAGUUCUGAAUUAUUACAGGUUGAUUUUCGUCAUUGUGAAGGAUGUGGUAAGGAUAUAGAACCCUUUAGAAUUGAGGCUAUUUGUAUUCAUUGCGCUCUAUUUCUACCUCCGGUUUCAAAGGAAGGGUGGAGUACUGCUGUAGUAAGUGAAACUAUGAAGGUACUUAUUCAAUUACUAGAUCGCAAUAUAGAGUGUAAUAACCUUGCAGAACUUUUUCAAUAUUUUUUACAUUCUUUUCAAACCGAAAUGGAACUUGAGGUAAUGAAGAACACUCGUAUGACGGUAAUGGAGACUCUUGGAAAGUUACAGACGCAUCUGUAUCCUUUAGUAAGAAAUAACCCAAAGUCACGACGUGUCAUUGCAUUAGCAAGGCAAAUAUUAGAAUAUAUAGACACACAGUGUGGUAUUAUAAAUACUACACACUUUUCAUUAAAUGAGUGUCAUCAAUGCCUUGGAACCCACAGUGAGGAGCUUUGUGUCUAUUAUAAAGAAUUGUGGGUGUGUGAAGUGUGUGGGGCGGAGAGCGAAAAUAAUGAUAUUUGCCGUUAUGUGUGCCACAAUUGUCUCUCGCUGCGUCCGUGUGUGCGAUUGUUGUGUCCCACUGCUGUGUGGGAGUGUCGUUCUUGUCAACGGUGUAAUGUGGAGUUUGAGAAAUACUGCAUUGUCUGCGGGGCAGCGAGAGAAGAGGAAGAGGAAGAGGAAGAAGAAGAAAAACAAGGAAAGGAAGAAGAUUUCUACAGUAAGAGUGAAGUAUUGCCAUUUCUCCCUGCCAAGUGCCGUAUAUGCGACCGCGUGCACUUGGAGGUGAGUUGUCCUCACUGCGUGUAG